GACGCCCCGCCCCCGCGCGGCGCUGCGGAACCGGAGCUCCGGGCGGCGUCGGCAGAGGCGCGGGAGGUGGCGAGGCCAGGGCAGGGCGGCAGGAGCCCGCGCGUCGACCGCAGCGAGAGCAGCGGGGACAGAGCAGACCACGACGAAGGCGCACAGGCAGUCGGGCCGGGCCGGGCCACCGGGAGAGCGGCCGCCGGGAAGCGGGCGGGAGGCCGGGCUGGCAGCUGGCAGCCGCCGAGCCGCGAAGCGACAUGGUGCUGCUCAAGGAGUAUAGAGUCAUCCUACCUGUGUCUGUAGAUGAGUAUCAAGUGGGGCAGCUGUAUUCUGUGGCUGAAGCCAGCAAAAAUGAAACCGGUGGUGGGGAAGGUGUGGAAGUCCUGGUGAAUGAGCCCUACGAGAAGGAGGACGGUGAGAAAGGCCAGUACACACACAAGAUCUACCACUUACAGAGCAAAGUACCCACGUUUGUUCGAAUGCUGGCCCCAGAAGGAGCUCUGAAUAUACAUGAGAAAGCCUGGAAUGCCUACCCUUACUGCAGAACCGUUAUUACAAAUGAGUACAUGAAAGAAGACUUUCUGAUUAAAAUUGAAACCUGGCACAAGCCAGACCUUGGCACCCAGGAGAAUGUGCAUAAACUGGAGCCUGAGGCAUGGAAACAUGUGGAAGCUAUAUAUAUAGACAUUGCUGAUCGAAGCCAAGUGCUUAGCAAGGAUUACAAGGCAGAGGAAGAUCCAGCAAAAUUUAAAUCUGUCAAAACAGGACGAGGACCUUUGGGCCCAAAUUGGAAGCAAGAACUUGUAAAUCAGAAAGACUGCCCAUAUAUGUGUGCAUACAAACUGGUUACUGUCAAGUUCAAGUGGUGGGGCUUGCAGAACAAAGUGGAAAACUUUAUACAUAAGCAAGAGAAGCGUCUGUUUACGAACUUUCACAGGCAGCUAUUCUGUUGGCUCGAUAAAUGGGUUGAUCUGACCAUGGACGAUAUCCGGAGGAUGGAAGAAGAGACGAAGAGACAGCUGGAUGAGAUGAGACAAAAGGACCCAGUGAAAGGAAUGACAGCGGAUGACUAACACUACCCGCCCCUUUCUGCACUUUUUGCAAGACAGUGGUCAACAGGAAGGCCCAGCAGCUCCACCCUCCUGAGUGGCAGGCCAUCUUUGGACGCAGCCUUUCUGUGCUCAUUCUUCAGGCAACUUUCAGUCCCUUACUGUAGCUAUUUCUAGAUGCCCUUUAACAUUGUGAACAAAUAGACCGUCUGGUAUUACAAAGCCUGUGUGUGCGGGAGCCUGAUCCUCUAAGAUAGAUGGUGUACACCGCUGUAUUCACAGCUCAUCCCUCUCUCCAUUGUGUUCUGACCCAUUUCUGUAUGUCCUCCCCCUUUAUUUCCAAGUGACAUUUUUAGUCUUUCAAAUUAGCUGCCUUUUGUGAUAUGAUUAUUUAAGCUCACUUAUUUCAGCCUUGGGAUAAACUGAGCUGUUUUGCUUCGUGGGCAGCUUUUUGGCAAUGUUGAGUAUUCACUUGGGGAGAGAGGAGGAGUUAACAAUACAGAGAUACCUGUCCCCAGUUCCUCACAGUAGGAAUGUGGCUUUAUAACCCUGACCUCUGCUCCUAGUAAUCUCUUGUUGGAGUGCUCUAAGCACCUAGAAGGUACCCAGUGCUCAGCCAGUCCGAGGAAAUUUAGCGAAUAAUAAAUAACCCCUACUCAAGUCAUUGCAUCUCUGGUUAAUAUUCUUAGAAAUCCUGGCUUCUCAGCCCUCCUGUUGCCCACCCUGUCUGAGUCUCUUUGCAAAGCCUACAAGAAACCCAUCACUGCCCACCUGGAGAACUGUUCAGUGUGGCCUAUAGAUGCCGGUCAGACCCCCGAGGAGCACUGGACAGCCAUGCUCCUCUUCCCUUUUGGGCUGGUGCUGCCACUCAGCAAUAAUCCCUUCUCUGUGCUUUCUUAGACCUCUGGGUCCUCUUUGAGGCGGGUUAGGAUGCAAGUCCCGGUCUUUUCAUGCUGUACAAAAUAAGCAUGCAAAAAGCUUUCAUCCCUAGCAACACGUGCACCUUCCUGUUCCUACUCCCCCGGAAAGGAAUUUGCAGAUCAAGAACUCAGCUUGUCCUGCCCCAUGCUGAGUUCUGUCCUGGACAAUCAAAAGCGAGCAGUGACUGUGGCCUAGAAUGCUCACAGUGGGCUGGUGGUGCCCAGCAUCCAGGGCAGUAGAAGCUGCUGAGCCCUUCCUAGUUUUUCUAGAUUGGCAGGAACAGAGUAUGCCUUGCUGGUGGGAUAAAGUAGUUGUAUCACCGACAUUUCCCAAGCCUGUUCAGUCAGCCCAGUGUGCAGUGAUCCAAGCUCAUGUUAGCCCGGUACCAGUUAGAAAGAGAUCACGUCUCUGGUUGGGGGAGUAAGAAGUAGGUUGUGAUAACUGAUCCUUGUUUUUUUGUUAGUUUGUUUGCCUUACUCAUUUCUAAGUGCAAUAAGGAAUGUUCCACAGGACCUUACCUGUGACAUCCUGAUUGGAUGCUUCCCUAUGGUCUUCCUGGAACAACGGUAGACAGAUUUGGCCCUCAGCAUGGUUAGCUCUGACUUUCAUUGAGGUUCUUUUGAGAUCAGGAGAUGUCCUGUUACAGAAACCUUCCUCUGUAUUAGUCUCCCUCAGUAUGAAGUCUGUAGGAAUGCACUUGGGGCAUCUUGGUUUUUGAUUAACCUCUCAGCAUGGGAAAGGUGGAGAAAAAGCUUUCCCAAUGGAAAAAAUAUAAAUGUUCUCCUAUGAGCUCUGUAUUACCUGUCAAUCAUAUUUAUGGUUAAAGCAUUUCCUCCUUCAUUAACUAGGCUGAAGUCCAGGUAUAACUUAUCUUGAGAGUUAACUGAUACUCUAAGCAGAUAGUUGUUUAUUUAGGGGUGAGGGUCAGAAGUCUCCUUCAGCACCUUGAGAUCCAUACACAUCAGUCACAUUAGCUCCAGUCCUGGCUUGCUCUUCCUGCCUUUGCUCUCGCCCCUCCAGCUGUUGCCCACAUUUGAAAGCAUCCAAAUGAUACAACUAGAAUUUCCCAAGCUCAGUCUGGAUUUAGGGCUCCUGUUCACGUAAACACAAAAGAGGGAUGGCCCUGGUCUGUCCCAUUGCCAUGGGUGGUGUUGCUGCUGGGCAAGUGUUGGCUUUUAAGUAUCCCCUUUCCUUACCCACCCCAAAACUGAGUAGCACUCAUAGGGCUGUGAUGACAGGCUCAAGUCUGGUGAUCAUCCAUGAGGGUGUGUCAUGCCCCUUCAGACCAGCUGCUUCCAUUAGACUUCCAGGGUUGUACUCCCAACGAAAGCAGCAGUGUCUCUGUACAAGGCCUGCUGGGCUCUGGCCUUCUUGUGGAGUGAUGCUGGGGAGGGCCAGGACAGGGUCACUGCUGUGGGCAUGUGCACCCCUCCACAUUCUCCUUUUACUGUCCCUUCUGGGACCCCUGACUUCCUUGGGUUGGUUCUUAGUGCUACUUCUUUUACAAACUACACUUUGUAGAACUGAUUAGGAUUACCUGUUAUUCAAUGUGAGUUUGUGCCUUUUUGUCUCAAUCUUCCAAUACAGGUAUAUUGGGAAAAAAAGCAGUCUAAUAAAAUCCUAGACAGAG